AUGGAAAUAGCUGCUGAAAUGAGAACAGAGCAAGAGAAAGACUUCAAGAAGGUCUUUGAAGAGCUGGAUCCAGACAUUCCAUUGGUUUGUGUCUGUGGUAAUCAUGAUGUUGGAAACACUCCUACUCAUGCAACUAUUGACAGGUUCAGGAAAACCUUUGGGGAUGACUUUUUCUCUUUCUGGGUUCAAGGUGUGUUUUUCAUUGUCCUGAACUCUCAGUAUUAUGAUGACAGUAGUGAAGUUCCAGACUUGGCAGAAGAACACAAGAAAUGGUUGGAAGAGCAGCUACAGUCCAUCAAGUUCUUCUGCCCUGAGCAUGUUGUUAUCUUUCAACACAUCCCUUGGUUCCUCAAAGAUCCUGAUGAGCCCAAUGUGUACUAUGAUGAAGCAAACAACUACAAGUUCAACAUUGAUGGAAAGAUACGCAAGGAAAUGCUCCAAAUAUUGAGAGAAGCUGGUGUGAAGGCAGUGUUCUGUGGUCAUUAUCAUCGUAAUGCUGGUGGUUGGUAUCGUGACAUGGAAAUGGUGGUCACCUCUGCAAUUGGUUACCAGGCAGGUGAAGACACUCAUGGAAUUCGAGUGGUUUCUGUUCAAGAAAAAGAGAUCCAGCAUAAAUACUAUGCCCUGGAUGAAUUCGUGAUUGAGAAAAGCAAGAUGAAGUCUCCAGCGAUCGGCAUUGAUUUGGGUACCACCUACUCCUGUGUUGGCGUGUUCCAGCAUGGGAAGGUGGAGAUAAUCGCCAACGACCAAGGCAACAGGACGACCCCGUCUUACGUUGCCUUCACAGAUACGGAGAGACUAAUCGGUGAUGCUGCCAAGAAUCAGGCUGCAAUGAACCCAACGAAUACGGUGUUCGAUGCGAAACGUCUCAUCGGUCGAAAAUGGGAUGACGCCCCGGUUCAGCACGACAUGAAGCUCUGGCCGUUCACGGUGGUGAAGGGGAGUGGGGGGAAACCCCAGAUUCAAGUAGAAUUCAAGGGGGAGACGAAGAAAUUCUACCCGGAGGAGAUUUCUUCGAUGGUGUUGACCAAGAUGAAAGAAACUGCCGAAGCCUAUCUGGGUCAAAGCGUGAAACAGGCCGUAGUCACUGUUCCUGCUUACUUCAACGACUCCCAACGCCAGGCGACGAAAGACGCAGGCGUGAUCGCCGGACUGGAAGUGCUUCGAAUCAUCAACGAGCCCACGGCGGCUGCCCUGGCUUAUGGACUGGAUAAGAACCUGAAAGGAGAGAGGAACGUGCUGAUCUUCGACCUCGGAGGCGGGACCUUCGACGUGUCCAUCCUCGCCAUCGAUGAAGGGUCCCUUUUCGAGGUGAAGUCCACGGCCGGAGACACCCACCUCGGGGGAGAAGAUUUCGAUAACCGCAUGGUGCAACAUUUCGUGGAGGAAUUCAAGAGGAAAUUCAAGAAAGACCUCAGCGGCAAUCCGAGGGCAGUGAGACGGUUGAGAACGGCGUGCGAACGAGCCAAGAGGACCCUGUCGAGCAGCACGGAGGCGAACAUCGAGAUCGACGCAUUGUACGAAGGAUUGGACUUCUAUACGAAGAUGACGCGUGCUCGAUUUGAGGAACUUUGCAUGGAUCUGUUCCGAGGGACCCUCCAACCGGUGGAACAGGCUCUCCGAGAUGCGAAGAUGGACAAGGGAUCGAUCCACGACGUGGUCUUGGUCGGGGGAUCGACCCGAAUCCCGAAGAUCCAGAAACUGCUUCAGGAUUUCUUCAACGGGAAGAGUCUGAACAACAGCAUCAACCCGGACGAGGCCGUGGCUUAUGGUGCAGCCGUUCAAGCGGCCAUCCUCACCGGGGAUACCAGCUCCAACAUUCAAGACGUCCUUCUGGUGGACGUGGCUCCAUUGUCCCUGGGGAUCGAGACUGCAGGAGGGGUGAUGACGAAACUGAUCGAACGGAACACCCGAAUCCCGACCAAGACCUCCCAGACCUUCACCACGUAUUCCGACAACCAGCCUGGGGUCUCAAUCCAGGUGUACGAGGGAGAACGGGCCAUGACGAAGGACAAUAACCUUCUCGGUCGAUUCGAUCUCGACGGUAUCCCACCUGCUCCUCGAGGAGUACCCAAGAUCGAGGUCGCAUUCGACAUCGAUGCCAACGGAAUCUUGAACGUGUCUGCAAAAGACACUAGCACGGGGAAGAGCAGGAACAUCACCAUCAAGAACGACAAAGGUCGACUGAGCAAGGAAGAGAUCGAUCGGAUGGUGAACGAGGCCGAGAAAUACAAAGAUGAAGAUGACAAGCAGCGAGAGCGAAUCAGUUCUCGGAACCAGUUGGAGGGUUACGUGUUUAGCGUGAAACAGGCGGCCGAGGAAGCCGGGGACAAGUUGUCGGAGAGCGACAAGAAACAGUUGUUAAGCAAGUGCGAUGACGUGCUGCGCUGGCUGGAAAGCAAUAGUUUGGCGGACAAGGAGGAAUACGAACAUAAAUUGAAGGAUUUGCAGAAAGAUUGCACACCAUUCAUGAUGAAGAUCCACCAGGCUCCAGGCAGUGGAUCCACUGGUGAAAAUCGAUCGAAAUCCGCCGGUGGCCCUACCAUCGAGGAAGUGGACUAG